UCUCCUCCUUUAUUGGUGACAAGCGAAGAACGAAGAGAAAAAAGAGGGAGGAGCUCGUGCUCGUGGCGAUCGAUCGACGCGCGCCAGCGAUGGCCGGAGAUUUUUGACUCGAAAUUCUCUUGCCGGAUGAGCGCCACGUCCCGAAAGAUAAGUUUUCACGCUCGGAUUCUCAGGCAGGGCAGCCAUUUCUAUCUCCUCGCGUCUGGGAUCUAAGAUUUCCAAGGCUGGGCGAGGAUAGGGUUCUUGGGAUUCAUGACGAAGGCGAGCUGCUGGACGCAUCCGGCCUUCUCCCAGGUCGGAGUAUGCGCGGCCUGCCUCAGGGAGCGGCUGGAGCAGCUGUGCAUCGAGGAGCACUGCGGCACUCCGCCGCAUCGAUGCUCCUUCGACAGCAAUUCCUCGGUGGCGCCGCCGCCGGAGGAGAAUGGGGCGAGUGGCAAUCUCGCCUCAAUCUCGUCCAUGAUGGAGGCCGAUCGAGCGGAGGCGGAUUAUCAUCGCAAUGGCGUCGAGGUACCUGUGGAGCCGCUGCCAAAGUUUGCGUCCUUCUUGCAGAGGACGCAUUCUUGGUCGAGCUCUCGGCCGCAAAGGAGUGGGUUUCCAGAGGCGAGGAACUUGGAUUUGGGGAAGCCGCGGACGCUGGAGAAGGUUAUCAGCGGGAAAGAUCUCUACGGGAAUCAGUCCUUGCCACCCAGUGGAUUUUUGCUCAACGAAGGGAGCUGCAAAUUCGACUUCUGCGAGACGCCCAAAGGCCACUACAAGGCUUCUUCGUGGCCGGAGAUUGAUUCCCGCAAGCAGCAGCAGCAGCAGGGUGAUCAGCACCGCAUGAGCUCGUGGAUCGCGUCUCUGUUUGGAAUCCGGAGCAAAGCCAAGGAUCCAAAAGACCCGAGAGUGUUCAAGUCAGGGGAGCUCAAGGAGAGGAAGAAGUUUUUCAGAGGUCUCGGCAGGAAGAAGAAGAACUCGGCGUCGUCCGUGGACACGAACGCGAAGCUGGAGCAGGAAGAAGCUUUUGCGAGUGGCGAGCAGCAGCAGCAGCAGCAUCAGGCGAAUGGAACGAGCCGGGUGAUGCCGCUGGCCGGGAACGGCGACUACAACUUCAACCACAAGCCGAGCUUGACGAACAUGAGGUCUGUAAAUGGAAGACAAAAGCCUCCCAGAGAUUCGAGCUGGCCAAAGGCGUGGAGCACUCCACUCCGGAAGUUCAUGCACAACAAGGCCGACGUCGACAACGAUAGUUUGGGAGACAUCGAGGAGAAGAGCUCCUGGAAUGCCUCGUCUCCAGCACCGGAAGUGAAGCGCUUCCAUCCAUCUCCGGCGUUCCCGACGAAUUCCUCGUACACGGCCUACUACCGGGACUAUGGAUCUUCGUGGAGUCUACACUCGAGUCCCAUGCCCGGGAGUAAAGCUAGGUGGAAUCAGCAGCACCACCGUGCACGGCCUUGGGAGGCGAGCAGGGACAACUUCCACUUGCAUUCCUCGUCGCCGUUUCAUGCGGCUGGCAGCAACACUUGGAACUUCUACUUGACACCAUUGAGACCCGUGAGAAGCACGACUUCCCGGCACAGGACGUGAUGGAUCAGCAGAGCGGAAAGAGAGAAAAAAAGAGCCGCUUGGUGGAUGCGUCGCGUUCCUCGUCGACUUGGGAUCUUUGAGAGUGUGUCAGCAGAGGAGCGGCGAUACAUAUUUUGCCAAAGCCAACAGCAGCUCGUAACUACAAAGCAGAGGCAGUAAUGGUGCUCAGUGCUCGUCCGCUGGCCGGGCCGGGAAGAACGAAAAGAAGGGAUCGAAAAAGGAUGCUAUCAGGACAAAGCCAUGGGCCCGGUCAGUGUGAUGGAUAAAGGCUUUGGCAGCGUGUAAAGUGUAGCAGCAACAACACCACCACCAGCAACAGUAGCAGCAACAGCAGAAGCAGCAGGAAUUAUCAAUGCGGGUCGGGUUAGAGCGAGCGAAGCCAUCAAUCAAUCAGCGCUGGUACGCCCUCCUGGCCGAGAUGCCGAAGAAGAAAAGUCCAUGCUGAGCUGAGCUGAGCCAUGGUGGUACUAGCACUGCCUGGGAUACUACGGAUCGUUCGACAAAGCGCACAGCACUACUGCUACUGGUCCAAGAAAAAAGAAGACAAGGGAAGCACGGCAUUGGUUGGAAUCUGAUGCACAAGGUUUGGGUGGAGCAGCACAGCACGGCUUGCAGAUAUUUUUUGGGAUUCUGGGAGAGAGGUGUUCUAGUGUCAGUCGGGCAGGCAGGCGGUAAGAACACGAAGAACACGACCCAUUCUUUUCUUCUUCGUUUUAGUGAGGCCGGGCUUUUCGUUUUCGAUCGAUCGAUGUUGGUGGGCUUGUUGGUGGUGGCAUGAUCGUCGUCUUGGUCGACUUUGGUGGGAUGUGACUUUCUCGAUCUCACUCCAUCUCUCUCACAGUGACACUGUGCCAAAGCAAAGAAAAUGCUAAAAUUUCAUUCAUUCAAACGAAGACCAUGACGAGGAAAAGUGGAAAAGAAAGAGGAGCGUGAAAGCGAAGGGAUUGCCUUGGAAGCGAGGAAAUCAAUUCGCCAGGGGACAAGGACAACUCCAGAAGCAUAUUCCCUUAAUUUAAACUAGCAGCAUUUUCGGUUC